AUGCGAAGAGGAGCAUAUCGAGACAGUGGUCCGAUUGGAUUGUCGCAAUUCGAUGAUACGAUUAUUACGAAUCACAGUCAACAUCUUAAUGAGGAACCGUCAUCUCCGAAAGAUUAUAAUCUAAAUUACAGAUGUAUAAAUUUUAUGGAGGGUAAUUAUAAAUCUCAAGGAACGGUCGGCAGCGGUGUCUCAGCUGUUGAAGGAGCGCGCGUCACGGAACAAGUAAUCGGUGCGGUAGCGGGUGCGGGCCAGCCUAGUAUUGCAUCAUCGCCGACGCCCGCGCCGACCGAGCCACGAGCCAGCCCGCCAGCCAGCUCGGGGGCAGCGUCGAAACAGGCAGCGGGUGCAAUUGCGCGGUCUUUCGCCGAGGUAGCGAGCGCGGAGGGGAAGUGGAGAGUGGACAUUAAUAAAUUACCAGUAAUAUUAGCAGAAAAUUUUGUAGAUGAUAUGCAAGCUAUGACAACUUCUAUAACGAACUACUAUAAUGAACAAUGUUAUAACAAAACUGAAGAUUGUCUUAGUAGUGCGCAAUUGGUAUGUCUUGAUAGUCAACAAUAUUUACUAACACCAGUCAAAUUACAAGACGUUUUGAUUGCUGAAAAACACCUGAACGAAAAGGUGUUAAAAAUGUAG